GCCCCGCCGGCCGGCGACGGCGCCAUGGCGGGCGCCGCGGCCGCGGCCGCCGCGGCCGACGGGGCGAGGCCGGCCGCCUCGCUGGAGGGCCUGGCCCGGCAGCUGCUCCCCCUGCUGCAGUGGGAGGGCAUCCACCGCCUGUGCCUCUGCGGGCGAGGGUGCGGCAGGGAGGUCCUCCGCGCCAUCCACGAGCGCUACCUCAGCAGCUCACCCACUGCGGUGGCGGCGCGCAUCUCCCGGCUGGCCUCGCGGCUGAGCGCGGCGCAGGCGGCGCAGGCGAGGGGCUCUCCGGACGCGCUCGCCCGGGCGGCGGCGGAGAUCUCGGUUCUGAACCAGUGCACCACGGUGCUGGGGAAGAACUGCGAGAACUACGCGGACCUGUUCGAGAGGCUCGGCUUCACCGUUGGGGAGGAUCUGGGCGACAUGAUGGACCCCCUGCUCGAGUGCCUCGAGAAGGUCCAGUCCUUCCAGAACGCCCUCCAGAGACUGCAGGACCUUCAUUUGGCCGCGGAAGAGGCAGGGCUGUUGUUUCAACGUCUCCGACCCAGCACCUCUUGACCAUGGGAACGGUCAAACAACGGCGACCGGACACGGCCACAGAAACGGCUCCGGGAUUGGAGUUGGAACCGGGACCUGGAAGAAAACGGCUACGGAACAGUGACAAAAACGGCGUCAGAACCAUCAACCAAAUUGCAAAGCGGAGUUGGCAGCAAAAGCUGCGGGUUCCAAAAGGUACCGAUACCACUACCCCACGGGCGUCCCUGGGGGUGCGUUGUGACGAGGAUCUCGAAGAGAGCACCGCCGUGGCGGUGAGGCCUCUCCAGGACGAGCAGCGGCAUCGGUGCCUCCUUCCCCCUCCGGAGAGCGGCCCUGUUGUUUCCAGGGCCCUUUCGUGCAGGAAGUGGCCGCCCGGACGCCGCCGCCCAUCAGCUGUCGGCGGCAGGCCGAGGAGGGCGACGGCUACGAUGACUGAGCCCCGUCCCGCGGGGGCGGGUCGGGUGGCCGGGCGCCGCCGGGCCGAGGCGUGGGCUCGUCCGCGCCCACCGGCCAGGAAAG